UUCUCUUCCCAGAGUUCCAUGUAAAAAUGUCAGCCUCCAGAUGAAAACAACAUUGAACUGCUAAAAAAGCAUGAUUCAAAUUUACUGGGAACAUGACCUCUAAAAUUUUAUUAAAUAUACCUAGAUUAUCUUUCAGAGGUAUUUUACUUCCAGUAAUUAAUACUGCUGGUCCUGUCUGCAGUUGUAGACAUUUAAUCUCUGAUGUAACAUCACAACAGAAUGUUAUACAAAAUAUUUUUCAAAAGAGAGAGAAAGAAGAACACCCUAAGAUUAUAUUUAGAACAGACGUGACAAAUCCGGGUGACCAUGAAAUAAGACAUGAAGGUCUAUUGUACACAAUAGAUAAGGCAAUUUUUAGGAGGAUUUCAUCUGAUGAUAGUUUCAACAAGUUCAAAGUUCAGGUUAAGACUUUUCAGGAAGCAUGCCUGAUGAUCAGGAAGCCAGCAUUAGAAGUCAUACAUGCAAUGAAGAAUUUUAACCCAAAUCUUCCCAUGCCUAAAUUCAUUUUAUAUGGACAUUUAGGAGUAGGCAAAAACAUGACUUUGUUGCAAACUAUACAUUAUGCUUAUAUGAAUAAAUGGUGUAUCAUACAGACACCUUGGCCACAACAGUGGAUUGAACGUUACACAGAAGUGAGCAAAUCUACCCAUAAACCAGGACGUAUAGAUUUACCUAUGGAGGCUAGGGCAUUUUUACGUCAGCUGCAGUCUCAAAACGGAAUUGUCUUCAAUCUUCACAGGACUCAAUAUAAAUAUGAAUGGACUGAAAGAGAAGCCACAGAUAUAGGAACACCUCUUAUACAACUCCUUAAAUUUGGACUUCAAAGAGUUAAGUUUGCUGAUGAUGUUGUUGGAGCAUUACUCAAAGAAAUGAAAUUACUUGCAUCUCAGAGGAAGAUUAAAGUUUUGGUUGUGGCCGAUGGUAUAAAUGGAUUUUUUGGACCAACAAGAAUGAAAGUUACAGAUAAAGCAUUUAAAGAUACAGAACAGGCCAAAGCAGGAACUGGAUUUAUUUCUACUUCAGACUUGAGUCUUAUAGAUAAUUUUAAAAGGUUGUUAGAACCUGAUAUGGUUAAUAGUAUAUGUGUUGCAACAGUUGAUUCCAAUUUAAUACCUAAAGUAAUCAGAACAGAUACAAUUACUCCACAAUAUCUGUUGGGCAGAGAGGGAUUUGCUGCACUGGAUCCUUUCAUUCCAAUUCAUGUAAAAAAAUAUUCAGAUAAGGAAGCCAUAAGUAUGAUGGAAUACUAUACAGAUAGACGCUGGAUUUUAAAAGAAAGUGGAAAAACUCAAGAAGGAAGAAAACAGCUGAUUUUCUUAUCAAAUAAUAAUCCAAGAGAACUUUUUAAAGUUUGUAGCACAAUGUAAAUUAAACACAUAUAUAUGUACAUAAAAAUAAAUUAUCUGUGUUAAA